ACUUUCUCAAAACUUAGGGAAGACAAGAACCUUAUCGUCUCUCUCUCUCACCUAACAGUCUGCCACCGAAAAAAACCCUUAUUCACCACUAAUCUAAAAAUAUCACAUGAACCAAAACUAAACAACAUCACCUUUCAUGCCGUCAAUCUAAACUUUCUCCAUGACAACCAUUAACCUCACUCAUAAACAAAACUUUAACCAUGAAAACCAAUCCCUCAUAACCAUAUCUCACCAUCAAAUCUGUUGUAAAUCUGAUAUCAAAAGACAACAAUAACCAGCAUUUCAAAUGAUAAACCACAAAUCAGUUUUUUUUUAAUUUACACCAUUGCCUUAUUUGUUUUUUUUUUCAGGAAAGAAAGAAGGAGAAACGAUAUCGGGGCAGCUCCGCCGCGCCUCAAGGUCGUCCACCCGCGCCGAUUCACCACCGUGUCGACACCGCGUCCUCCUUGAUGCAACCGCAAAGACAAAUGUUUGCCCUUCCACCGUUCACACGCGGAAUCCACAUCAACACGGAAACACAACCACCGUCGAUCCAACCGCUUGGCCACGCGCGGGUUCUCUAACUCCGGCCAUCCAGAACCACCACGGCUCUGUUUCCUCCCCGACGCGAGAACCACCUCACAGAUCGUCGACCUCCCAGCUCAAGCAGAAAAAGGCAUUUCAACAGUUUCCAAAAACUUGUGCACGUUUACCUACUGAAAGGAAGUCUAACAGGUAAUGGGAGUUUGAGUAUAUAUAGUACAAAGGACACAGUUUUUUUCCACUCUUCAAGUACCAAAUCCUGAAACCUAAUCCGUGAGUUGGAGAUUUCACAAAAUGGGUAGCUUCUCCCAAGUUGCAAAGGCUUGCAGAACUAUGAAAUUUUUUGUUGUUCAAGACCCAGUCAAACGAUUGGCGAUUAAAAGGAGGAUGAAGCAAAGAUCGAAGAUGUUGCGGAUGAGUUUGAAGACGAAGAAAGAGCGGAUUACCAAGUUGUGCACUGAGUGGGCUUUGCAUGUGAUGGAUGGUGUUGCAUGCGCCUGGCAAAGGGGAAGUAAGAUUCAGAACAUAGCAGGGGUGUGGCAGGAUGAGAUGCUUGGAAUCAGGUGGUCGGGGAAGCAUCAGGAAUUGAGGGGUGGCUUGAGGUUCGCUGUACUUGAAGACGUGGAAUUUUUAACGGAUGUUCUGGGAAGUGUUGGACUGGAGAUAAACCCCAGAAUGAUAGAAAUAUCGAACUCAGUGUAUAUUGGGAAUUUUUUCUUUGAAAAUGAAAGAGAAUGGAUGAUAUGGACAGAGUUGGUGGAGAAGCUGAAAAGAAUGGGUUAAAGAAUAUGUGUUGUUGGGUAUUGAUGGCUAUGGUGAAUGAAGAAGUGCAAAGUUUUGGAAGAACAGUAGAUUGUUUUGGAUGAUGUUGUUGGGCUUUUUUUUUUUUCUAUUUCAGUUGUAUGUGG